GUUAACUCUUGAGAAAUCGUUAGGUUAGUAUGAAUUGCUUCUCUUCAUUGACACUACGUUUGGGAAGCCAGAGGGACAUGUUUUCCGGCCUCCGUUCCAUAAGUUGGAGCAUCAAAAUGAAAAUAUUGCUCAAUAAAAUUUCGGUUUUGGAAUAUUUUAGACUCUUCCUCCCCUGCGCCUAUAAACGGGAUUACCGCUGGGUUUUGCAUCUUUUUCACGCAUCUGGCCAAGAGUUUUGCAGGAUGUUGCAAAGAUGUUUGAUUGCAAACAUUGGUGAAAGAACAAGGCGAUGGAGUUGCAAAGUCCAAGUCAUUGCUAAAUAUCAAACUCGAGAAUCACGGAGAAUCACGGAGCACUCCUGGAAACACAUACAAAGAUAUUGUUUUGGAGGAUGAAGUUGACUAUAAAGUUCAAGGAAUGGAUUCUAAACAAGCCAUUGAAACAAUUGAUGCCAAGCUCGAGCUCUUCUCCACAUACACAAUAUCAAAUGAGAAGGUGAGAGCAAUAAAGUCAAACUUGAUUUUACCGGAUAACUGGUAUAAGUUCCUUUGGACUUUGAAGGAAACAACUCAAAUUCAAAAAGUUUCAUGUGAUGAAGAAUUGACCAUCAAAAGAGAAGAGCAGACUGCCUUAAUCCCUUUCUCUGACAUGCACAAGUUUGUGAAUACUGAAUAAAGAGUAUGUAAGUACACCAUCUCCGAACACAUGGAUGUCACACACAUACUGACUAUAUUUACUAACUUCAUGAAAAUAAUAAUUUCAUAACAUCUAUUCUUGGAAUUGCAAUUCACAAAUUGCCAAGGACACACAUAGAUACUAGAAGAGCGGAUACAAGAGCUGCAGAUGUUCUGUUGAUAGAUGAGAAGUAAACUAUUACACAUAAUCACACAUUAAAUACUAGAGUAGAAUAUAUUUAUUUCACAUUACCAUCUGAUGGAGUAUAUGGCCCAGGAACCCCCGGCCCACAUCUUCCACUACUACAACCAGGCCUAACAGACCCAAGCGGCCCAAGACGAAGCAAGCAAGGCUACGGACAGCGAACAAGGUCCAGGAGACGUAUGUCUCCUGGGAACGUACAUCCUCAAUCACUUGGAAGGUAUCAGGGGACGUUCGUCCUCAAGCGCAUGACGGUCCUACCAAGGGGACAUUCGUCCUCAAGCACAUGACGGUCCUACCAAGGGGAUGCUCGUCCUCAAGCACAUGAUGUUCCUACCAAGGGGACGUUCGUCUCCAAGCACAUGGGAGCACCAAGGGGUCGUUCGUCCUCCAACACACGAAGUCCCAUGGGACGUUCAUCCUCCAAACAUACGAAGUCCCAGGGGACAUUCGUCCUCCAACAUACGAAGUCCCAGGGGAGGUUCGUCCUCCAACAUACGAAGUCCCAGGGGACGUUCAUCCUCCAACAUACGAAGUCCCAAGGGACGUUCGUCCUCCAAACAUUCGAAGCCCCAGGGGAAGUUCGUCCUCCAACAUACGAAGUCCCAGGGGACGUUCGACCUCCUACAUACGAAGUCCCAGGGGACGUUCAUCCUCCAACACACGAAGUCCCAGGGGACGUUCGUUCUCCAACAUACAAAGUCCCAGGGGACGUUCAUCCUCCAACAUACGAAGUCCCAGGGGACGUUUGUCCUCACACAUACGAAGUCCCAGGGGACGUUCAUCCUCCAACAUACGAAGUCCCAGGGGACGUUCGUCCUCCAACAUACAAAGUCCCAGGGGACGUUCGUCCUCCAACACACGAAGUCCUAGGCGACGUCCGUCCUCCGCCAUCAUGAGCACCCAGAGGACGUUCGUCCUCCAUCACAGGGAAACCCUUGGGGACGUACGUCCUCCAUCACAUGAAGGCUUCCCGUACAUUGAAGUCCUCCUGGGUACGUACGGCUUUCGGCACUCUCCUCGACAGGAUCUCCUCUCCACAUGGUCUGAAUCGCCGCAUUAACUGCGGCCACAUGCUAUCAACCACCACAUUAACUGCGGCCACAUGCAAUGCCGGUGCCACCCCGGCUGAAUUGACUUGCCACCGUUGGUUGCUUGACACGUGUACUUGCAUUAUUUAUACCGCAUUUAUGGCAGCUAUAAAUAGCUAGCCUCUCCUCCAUUGUAAAGGAUCUGAUCUGAUCCCAACAUUCCUGAGCUCAUUUAAUACAUGCUUUCUCUCUCUCUCUCUCUCUCUCUCUCUCUUACUUGUUCUGACCUGUGUCUUGGUAUUUCCUAUAAUACCCCUUGGAUAAGCUACCCCCGAGUACACUAUCCAUCAUUUGGUGCUCUCGUUGAGAGGUCGAACAAUCAAGUAAGAAACCCUCCCCUUCAGAAAAACACUCAUCAUAAUGGGUAGAUCUCGCGGUCAAUCCAAGACCCUGGAAGACAAGAACCUAGGCCUCGGUGAGGUUAAUACCACCGAAGCCUCCAACAAGGCUCCCGAAGGCGGGGCCCUCGCUGAAAUGGAGCAGGUCACUGCUGACCUGCGCCUUUAGCUCCAGAAGAAUGCUCCCGACGUUCGUGUCGGCCUCGAAACCCGUAGGAAGGAUCAGAGUGAAAACCAAGUUAGCCCUCUGGUCCUAACUAUCGACGUUCAAUCGGCUUUCUCAGCCUUCACCCACACUUUGACUCAUAAUCCAGGCGCUUUCAGAGCACUUGUGCCACCCCAGGCGCAAACCGGGGAUAACGUCGUUCCUGUUCCACCGCGUCCGCCCCCCUUCGUAUGCCCGGUUCCAAGAACUGGAAACAACGAGGGGGUCGUUGCCCAGGACACCGCGUCCCAGGAAGUGCAAUCCCGGGACCAACGCGGUGCAAACAAAGAUAAGCCUCGAACCUCUGCCCUCGACAGGCUCGGAGGAGCACGUGACUACCGAGGGGUCCAAGACCGCCUCGGUGGUAAGGUGUUCCAAAGGCCUCAAGAGAGCGGAGGAUCCGUCUCGAGGGAAUAUGAAAGACAUCCCCCUCGGGACAAAGGCAAGAGACUACUACAUGCUGACGACACCAAACACCGGAUUAACCAGGCUCACUCAGCUCGCGUUCAGUCGCUCACGGCGGGAGCAAUACCAAAGGAUCCUCGGGAUGAUAUUAUUGAGGCCCUUCAGCACUGGCUCGACGAGAUGGAGGCUCAUCAGGCCCAAACAACGGAUUCCGCCUCGCAGGCGGACCCCAAAUACACCGCCAUGUUGGCCAAGUUGGUCGAAGUGCAGAAGAAGCUUGCCGAGGGCUCCGGGGAACCCGUCAUCCAACUUCGCACGAGGACACCCUUUACCCCAAGGGUAUUGGCGGCUCAAAUCCCAGGAAAAUAUCGGGGGCAGACCAUCAAGCCGUACGAAGGGAAGACUGAUCCCCAGGAGCACUAUAGCAGGUACCAGAAUAGCAUGAUGAUGAUGGGGGCCUCAGAUCAAUAUUUGUGUCGUUGGUUCCUCUCCACCUUGGAAGGACCAACAUACGAAUGGUUCAACCGACUCGCUGAAGGGAGUAUUGACUCUUGGCAAGAACUCACGCAGCGUUUCCUGACGCAAUUCGCGGGAAGGCACCGGUCAAAGAAGCAUUUUUCCCACCUACAGACAAUAAGGUAACAGAAGGAGGAGACCCGCCUGUUAGGAAAUUGAUGUAACGUACCUCGAAAGUACAACAACAGAAGUUUAAAAUUUUCCCAAACAGAUCUUUCUUGAUUAUGACAAAACAACGAAUAUAACAAUAAUAACAGAUCUGAGUUAGAACUUACAGAUCUUCCAGCCUAGCGGUGAUAAUCCUAGACCUUAGAUAUCCAUGUGAUUUCUCCUUUCCGAAAGAACGGUUAGAUCUCCCUUAGAGAGAGGCUUGGAAAUCUCUUCGCAGGGAAAUAAACCGGUAAUACUGAAUCUGAAAAAACGUCUCUAAUUAUGAAGGAGGAGGAUGUAUUUAUAUUAGUUCUAAACCGGAUUCCCAAUCACAAUGAAAGUCUUUUUCAUUAAUGAGUUCUAGUCCUCAUGGAAUCAAUACACAUUAAUUAAUUAAAUACAGUUAUAAUAGUAAAUAAUAAUAAUAAUUGAACAAUACGUAUGUUAAGGAGAAUAGGGGGCUGCCGCCACCCUUAUUCUCAUAACAUAUAUUAUUAUUAUUAUUAUUAUUAUUAUAUUAUUUGUAAUUUCUUGAUUAUAUUUUAAUUCCAAAUUAAACUCAAGAGAUUACCAACUUUAUUUAAUUAUAAAUACAUUUAAUUAAGUAUAAUAAUCUAACUUAUUCUACUUUAAUUAAUUCUAUCAAAUAGAACUCUCCUUCAACUUCCUGAACUAAAUAUGUUUAAUCUGAUUAAUAUUUAAGUCAUUUCCAGUAUUGCGAAUUAAAUAUUAUUUAAUCCAAUUAAUAAUAUUUAAUUCGUUCUAACAAUUCAUUCGGAAGGUAUAAUCACUUGUUGUGUGACCCAUAGAGCCUUAUAUAUUAAGCAGUAAUCAAAUUAAGGUCUCAGUAGAAUCCCUAGACGAUUUACCAAACAAACUUAAUAUAUAAGGACGUUUGCGAGGACUAUUCAAACUCCCUGUAAUAUAGAGCUCAUAGUGAUACGGUCCUUUCAUUCAACGAACAUUCAACUAAGUCUAGAACUUGAUUAUUGUGUCUAUUCCAAUAACUUAGUCUCUAUCUCUCAAUCUUUCUAGAUGAUCCAUAAUGAUCAUAUUUGAUAUCCAAAACGAAUAUAUUUUUGCAUUAACCAAUGACAUUAUGAUCCAUCUAGAUAUGAGAAGUAGAAUGUUCUCUCUUAAUCUAUUAUGAGGAAUGAAUUCUUUCUUGUCUCAACUACUACUCCAUGUGCUUCGUGAUGCACCCAACACAUGCCGUAUCUACCCCGAUUGGAGUGCAAGCGUUGGUCAUGAUCAAAGUACAUCACUCCGCACAUGUAGUACGUAUUGACCUCAAGUCGGAGGACUAUUACACUACUCUAUACGCCGAUAAUCCCAUAGACACAUGAAUAGAACUUAUCAAAUGGUUUCUCGGUGGAUAUGCCAAUAUCCUCUAAAAUAUCUAUGUGACCAUCAUGAAUUACAGGAACUCAUAGUUGUGAGAUCAACUAUACUUUCUAAAAGUAUGAUUAUAUUGUGAAGGCCAAUCUUAUAGCAUAUCAUCAAUAUCCCAUUCUUGAUGAUCAUUGAUUGGGGCUAUUUUAGGACCUUAUGGUAUAUCAUAUAAGCUCCCACUUACUUAUUGACAACAUAAGUCCAAGGGAACACAAUUAUGAAUAAGAUAUUGACAAUCGAAAUACUUAAUCAUCAUGUGUAAUACCGUAUAUAUAAAAUAUAUAAAACUAAAUGUGAUCAAGUACAUAUAUCUCUAAAAAGUGAUUGUCGCUAGGACAUAUAUACUAACAAUCUCCCACUUGGCCUAGUGCCAAUCACCAAUGCGUCUAACACCUAGACUCUCAAAAGCCUACAAUGUUUCUCGCAUCUCAAAGGUUCGGUGAAUGUGCCAGCCAAAUUGUCCUCUACGGGAAGACAUUCUAUUGUAACUUCUCAUCUUGCUAUUUGUUAUCAAAACAUGAUAGCAUACUGGUAUUUUCUAGUUCCUUACUUUGCAUCUUGGUUCCUUAGCUUGUGCAAAUGCACCGGUACAGUCACAAUAACAAUUAUUGGAUAACUGUCGCUAGGAACUACCCCUAUUUCCUUAAGGAACUAACGUAUCUAAACGCUUACCUAUGUUGCAUCAAAUGCAACAAUUUACUAGGCUCUAGUUGUUUAAUUUACAAUAGUUUCUUACUUGCAACUCUUGCAGCAUUACUAUUACAUUGAGACUAAAAACAUAUACUGUCUGUGACUCGUAGUCUUUCUUAUCAUACAUGAAACUAGUGCUAGAAUAAUUAAAUUCUACUAGUUCUUUCGGUUUUCCAUAAACAAAAGAUAUUCAUGAAGAUUUUGGGUGACCAUUCUUUCACUGACUUCAAUGAAGGGAUAUCAUUCUCUAUGAUCAACAUAUAUGAUUAUAAAGACCACGCUAUCCUUGUUGCGCACUCUAAACAUGCAAGCACCCUCAUUUCAUUUGAUGAUGUCAAAUGAUUUGACUAUUUCAUCAAAAUUAAUAUUUCAAUUCCUAGAGACUUGUGUUAGCCCAUAUAUAGAUUUCUCUAAUUAACAUAGCGAUUUAGAAUUUGACUUGGAUGCAAAAACCUUAUGGUUGUACCAUGUACACCUCCUCCUUGAGGUUUCCAUUAAGGAAAUGGGUUUUGACAUCCAUUUGUCAAAUCUCAUAAUUAUAGUAUGCAGCUAUCACAAGCAAAAUCCGAAUAGACUUGAGUUUUGCAACUGGCGAAUAGGUAUCACUAUAGUCAAUUCCUUUCCUUGACUAUAACCUUUAGCCACUAGCCUAGCUUUCUAUGUUUGCACCUUACCUUCAGCACCAAUUUUCUUCUUGAAAAUCCUUUGCAUCCAAUGGGUCUAACCCAACAGGCAAGUCAACCAAGUUCCAUACUUGAUUGAUAUACAUCAAGUCCAUUUUAGAUUUCAUGACAUCUCUCCACCUCUUUAAAUCAACAUCUAAUAUUGCUUUAGUGUAAGUCUUAGGUUCAUCCUUAUCAGGAAUCUCUACAUCAUCAUGAUCCUACAUGAGGAAGUCAAACCUAGUUAGUUCAUGACAAAUCCUUGUAGACCCACAGAGUUGAAUGUUUUGCGUUUUGUUCAGACUGUUCAUUCUGAUCGUGAAGAGGUUCUCUUUCACUGGACUAUCCAAUUCUCAGAGAGUUUUCUGGAGCUAUACUCAGAGAGGGAGAGUUAGGUGUAGAAGGAAUUACAACCAUGCCAUUAUUUUCUUCAUAAGAAUCACUUGCUGGUGUGAAGCGCUUCCUAUAUUACUCCCAAUAGCUGAAGGAUAUCCUCCUAGAGACAUUCUUCAACUUAAUUCUCCCACUGAAUCCUUCGUCAGACCAUCUAACAAAUCUUCAUUCUCUAUGUUACUUCAUCUUUCAAUUUGAUUAGUGCACAUUUCUUUACAUAUGUAGGGCAACCCAUAUUUAAUAUGUGAAGAAAAUGUCUUUUAUUAUACUAUAACUCAUAUUGUACGUUUUGCACUAAUCAAACUAUUCAGAAUGCAUAUUGAUAUUUAUAGCGUGUACCCUCAAAAGAAUGUUUGGAAGAGAAAAUGAAUUCAUCAUAGAUCUAGCCAUGUCUAACAAAGCCCUAUUUCUCCUUGCAGAAACGCCACACUUCUAAGGUGUUCUGGAGGAGUUCAUUAUGACCGAAUUCUUUGACCUUUAAAAUAAACAGAAAUUUUACUUAAGUACUCUUUGGCUUGCUAUCCUUUUCAUAGAAAAGGUUUAUUAGUCAAGUUACUUGAAAGACAAGAUUCACAAUUUCCAUAUGACUCAAAAGCAAAUGGUGUUAAAUAAUCUAAUUUAUUUAACGUUGCUAUUCUUGUUUCAUUAAUUUGACCAAGUUUGCAAUGUCAUAGAUAAGUAGUAAUUUUCUGAUUACUUAAUCGAGAUCCUUUUAUUUUUUCAUUUAAUAUCUAAUAUGUUGAUUGAUAAUUAACCAUUCAUAAGAAAAGCAUUUCCACAACAACACCAUUUUACGAAAAUAACAAUUAUUAUUAGCAGAAUGGAAACAUAAAUCUUUUAAUUUCUAACAUAUGAAUAGAAAUAAUCUUCUUGGUAAUAGAAGGAAUAAAAUAACAAUUAUUUAAUUCUAAUCUAAAACCACUGGGCAAAUCUAAACUAUAAGAUCCUAUCACGUUCAGCAACAACUUUUGCUCCAGCCUUCAUGUGUAGGUCAAUUUUACCCAGUCCAACUGCUACACUGCUUCUUAGGCUUCUGCACAUUUUACAAAUGUGUAAGCCAUAAGUUGUAUCUAAUACUUUAACAAUGAGAGUUAGUUAUAGACAUAUUUAUUUAAUGAUAAAAAUACCUGAACUUGAAGCACCCGGUGCUUUGGCUAGAUUAGCCUUAUACAACUCAUAAUCUCUCUUCCAAUGCCCCUUCUCUUUGCAGUAGAGGCAAACAUCCUUUGCAACCUUUGGCUUCAUAUGACCUCCACCUUUAGGCUUUAGAGCUGUAGGAGUAGGUCCAACCUUACCUUUCUUCUUUUGCUUAUUCUUGUUCUUAGAAUGAGACUUGGCAUUAGAGCUUACCAUAAGAACAUGGUAUGGAGUUCAGGCAUGGUCGCUUUCGUUUUUUUCAAAUUAUAAUUCACAAUGAAGUUACUAAAUGAACUUGGAAGCGAAUAUAGGAUGAUAGCAGCUGAGACAUGAUCCUCAAACUUAAUUCUGGUGGUAACAACUCUUUCAAUUAAGCCAAUCAUUUUGAGGACGUGCUCAGACACGUUGCCACCCUCUUGAAGCCUACACCUGAAAAUGUCUGUCAGAAGUUCAUACUCUAGAGUCUGACUUUCUGAAUCAAACAAACUUUUCAAGUGUUCAAGCAUCUCGAAGGCGCUCAUCCUAUCAUGCUGCCUUUGCAACUCCAUAGACAUUGCAGCCAACAUAACACAUUGCACAGUUUUAGCAUCAGUGACGUGUUUCUCUCGAGCAGUCAGGUCAAACAUGGCAAACUCAGGAGAGUUGGCAUCAGGAAUCUUGGGUAUCGGUGUGUCUAACACAUACUCAAUAUUUUCUUGCCUAAGAACUAAACGCACAUUUCUUUCCCAAUCCAGAAAGUUUGGUCCAGUCAGAUUGCAUGUAUCCAUGAUACUUCUCAAUGAUAAAUUCGACAUUCCUAAAAGCCUAAAGAUGUUCAAAUAGAACGGGAAUUAAAAUUCAUAUACUAAUUCCUAUGAUCACAUUUAGUUAACUAAAUAAUAUGGACUUUUAAUUAUUUAGCUCCCACUAUUUUUCAUGUUCUUUGACCUCAAUAAAAAGAACAUAGAUUGUUUUUACAAUUAUAGUGGCCAAGAUCCACAUUCAUACUAUUACAGUCCCAACUUGGGCUGAUUACUGCAAUAAUAUAAUGGGUAGGUCCCUAGACCAAUUGUGUCCAGACAACUCUUGGUUGAUCAAUUUUCAAUUGAUCGACAUCCCUAAAUUAACACUGACGCUUGGGUGACUCGAGCUAAUUUAAGUAAGUCCAAACCAUCACACGAUUACAAACAUAUGUAUCUAUAAAUUAGUUCUAUAUUUUGUCGAAUGGAAUAAACACUUGGGUGAAACAUUCGUCAACGAAAAAAUAUAUCUACUAAUUUAAUUAUGAUGGGUGAUGUCGUUAUCCCAGAUAAGACUUAAAUUUUAAUUUAUGGGGAACGUUUAGCGGAGUAUUAAAUUAUUCCAUUUAAUCAAGAUGCUAAAACAUAUUACCAAAUAAUAUGUUAACGAGAUCUAACUCAGACAGAUAAAAUAAAGCAUGCAAUAUAAAUCUUAUUUACAAAUAGAUAUAAUAUUCGAAUAACUAAUUAAGCAUGCUUAAAACAAAAUAUCACCAAUUAUGAUUUAAAUUAAAAAUUGACCAUCGUAAUCUCAAAGAUACUUAAUCUAACUAAAGGGGUCAAUUUAAAUCAAUUAUUGUUAUACGGAGUAUAAUAACAAAAACAAUCUCCAAAUUCUAACACAACUAUGAGUUUCAGUUCGAGUAAACCGAGGUUACCAAGCAAAGAUGUUUUAGAAUUCUAGGAAAUUGCAAAUGCGUACUCAGUUUUAAUCCAAUUUCUGAAAACAAUCUUUGAACAAAUUUCUAAAACAAGGCAACAACACAAAAAACCACAAAUUUCACCGCUUCCAAAAACAGCAAAUCAUACGAAUAAAAAGGAAAAAAAACAUAUCGCGUUCUUAGCGAGUUCAUCAUUGGUUUCCAGCGCCAUCUUCACUGGUCGCCAUGUUCGUCCGCCAUAGGUUGUCUCCGUUGCUGCGCAGAAUCUACCGGCCAGAGUCGUUUUCAAUCGGCACUCGUCCGCCAUAGUGCAAGAUCGUCAAGGAACGAACAAGAUCUUUUAGUUGCGAUACUCGUAAAGUGCAUAACAACCCAGACGGUAAUUAUCGAUAUAACGCAAGUAAACCAGAAGCAAAAAGAAGAACAAAAAGUCGGUUCUCAUACUGCAUUCCAAUUUCUAAAAUUAAGUAUUGGUAAAGCAACGUAGAUUUCAAAUUGGUUUCAACACCAAUUCAUAUUCAAUUUCAAAAAUUAAAAUACGGUGCAACAAUAUUCUGAAAUAUCAAAUAUUUUGACCCACAAAAUUGUAAGUCAAAAUUCGUAUAAUGUCAUUAAAAUCAGUUUAGCUCUGAUACCACUGUUAGGAAAUUGAUGUAACGUACCUCGAAAGUACAACAAUAGAAGUUUAAAAUUUUCCCCAACAUAUCUUUCCUGAUUAUAACAAAACAACGAAUAUAACAAUAAUAACAGAUCUGAGUUAGAACUUACAGAUCUUCCAGCCUAGCGGUGAUAAUCCUUGACCUUAGGUAUCCAUGUGAUUUCUUCUUUUCGAAAGAACGGUUAGAUCUCCCUUAGAGAAAGACUAGGAAAUCUCUUCGCAGGGAAAUAAACCGGUAAUACUGAAUCUGAAAAACGUCUCUAAUUAUGAAGGAGAAGGAUGUAUUUAUAAUAGUUCUAAACCAGUUUCCCAAUCACAAUGAAAGUCUUUCUCAUUAAUGAGUUCUAGUCCUCAUGGGAUCAAUACACAUUAAUUAAUUAAAUAAAGUUAUAAUAGUAAAUAAUAAUAAUAAUUGAACAAUAAGUAUGUUAAGGAGAAUAGGGGGCUGCCGCCACCCUUAUUCUCAUAACAUAUAUUAUUAUUUAUUAUUAUUAUAUUAUUAUUUGUAAUUUAUUGAAUAUAUUUUAAUUCCAAAUUAAACUCAAGAAAUUACCAACUUUAUUUAAUUAUAGAUACAUUUAAUUAAGUAUAAUAAUCUAACUUAUUCUACUUUAAUUAAUUCUAUCAAAUAGAACUCUCCUUCAACUUCCUGAACUAAAUAUGUUUAAUCUAAUUAAUAUUUAAUUCAUUUCCAGUAUUGUGAAUUAAAUAUUAUUUAAUCCAAUUAAUAAUAUUUAAUUCGUUCUAACAAUUCAUUCGGAAGGUAUAAUCACUUGUUGUGUGACCCAUAGGGCCUUAUAUACUAAGCACUAAUCAAAUUAAGGUCUUCAUAGAAUCCCUAGACGAUUUACCAAACAAACUUAAUAUAUAAGAACGUUUGCGAGUACUAUUCAAACUCCCUGUAAUAUAGAGCUCAUAGUGAUACGGUCCUUUCAUUCAACGAACAUUCAACUAAGUCUAGAACUUGAUUAUUGUGUCUAUUCCAAUAACUUAGUCUCUAUCUCUCAAUUUUUCUAGAUGAUCCAUAAUGAUCAUAUUCGAUAUCCAAAACGAAUAUAUCUUUGCAUUGGCCAAUGACUUUAUGAUCCAUCUAGAUAUGAGAAGUAGAAUGUUCUCUCUUAAUAUAUUAUGAGGAAUGAAUUCUUUCUUGGCUCAACUACUACUCCAUGUGCUUCGUGAUGCACCCAACACAUGCCGUAUCUACCCCGAUUGGAGUGCAAGCGUUGGUCAUGGUCAAAGUACAUCACUCCGCACAUGUAGUACGUAUUGACCUCAAGUCGGAGGACUAUUACACUACUCUAUACGCUGAUAAUCCCAUAGACACAUGAAUAGAACUUAUCAAAUGGUUUCUCGGUGGGUAUGCCAAUAUCCUCUAAAAUAUCUAUGUGACCAUCAUGAAUUACAGGAACUCAUAAUUGUGAGAUCAACUAUACUUUCUAAAAGUAUGAUGCAGUCCACAUACCAAUCUUAUCGCAUAUCAUCAAUAUCCCAUUCUUGAUAAUCAUUGAUUGGGGCUAUUUUAGGAUCUUAUGGUAUAUCAUAUAAGCUCUCACUUACUUAUUGACAACAUAAGUCCAAGGGAACACAAUUAUGAAUAAGAUAUUGACAAUCGAAAUACUUAAUCAUCAAUGUGUAAUACCGUAUAUAUCAAAUAUAUAAAACUAAAUGUGAUCAAGUACAUAUAUCUCUAAAAAGUGAUUUUCGGUAGGACAUAUAUACUAACACCUCCGUGAUUCCCUGGAACGUUGGAGGCAGGAGACAGACAAAGUCGACGGCACCGACGACAGGACCCUGAUGGCUCUCUUGCAGACGGUCCUCCGUUCCGGGAACUUCUCGAGGAGCCUCAUCACCGAAGCACCCCGCGACUACAUAUGGGCCCUUCAAAGGGGAGACAGGUACGCCGAAGCUGAAGUGGUAGACAAAUAUCGUCGAAACCCUGACCAGCCUCACAAACCAGAGGGAAAGAACCAACGGAAUCCGGGGGCUCCACCUCAUCCGGCAAACCUGCCAGUUCCCUUUUGUGAUCGCCCCUGACAUGGCCAAGCCAAGCCCGGGGGAGGUUACAAGAACAACCCGAUGGCCUGGACACAUCCCACGUAUUUGGAACACCCUCGGACGCCCCUUACGCAUCCCAUCAGCGUUAUCCUAGACUACACUGAAGAAAGGGGGCUAGGGGAACGAGAUUCCAGGGCGACUCAGGAGGUAUACGCCAUCAAUCCCAACGAACCAUAUUGUCUGCCACCAGCUGAAGGCAUCCAUCGAGAAGUUGAUAGAGAGGGGACAUCUGUCCCAAUUCGUCAGCCCCCCCCCCCCCCCCUCCCUCAUCAAGGGCUCCCUACGAAAGCAAACGUCUGGAUCAACCCGAACACCAUUCCCCUCGGCGAUCCAAAUGGUAAGAAGCGGGAAAUUGGGAACCUCUGCGAGGAAGAAGGGUACCAACAUCCUGAAAAGAGGAAGCGCCACAUCCAUAUGAUCACCGGCGGCAACACGGGAGGAGACUCCGCGAGCCAAAGGAAGAAGUGGGCACAAUCCCUUUACGUGGGGGAAGUCAAUCACAUGCCCCCUGCCAAACGGUCAAGGGAGGAACCCAUAGUGUUCACAAACGUUGAUCUCCCCCGGGGUCUUUGCCCCAUUUGCACUCGUGAUUCAGAGUGAGAUCAACAACACAAUCAUCCACAAAACCUACGUUGACACCGGCAGCUCCGUCAACGUGAUGUACCUCAGCAUAUUCCGGGAGCUGCAUCUGAAACGGGAAUCCCUUCGGCCUAUCCAGACCCCCUCUUCGGCUUCACAUGGGACACCAUUGAUUCCGAAGGGGUAAUAUCCCUCUUUGUUCUCUUCGGUGACGGCUCCCAUAGAGCCAAGCUUGAAGUGGAGUUCAUUGUCGUCAACCUCGACUGUGCCCACAAUAUUAUCCUCAGCCGCCUCGCCCUAGAGGAUUUGGAAGCUGUAAUCUCCAUGAGGCACCUCUGCCUCAAGUUCCCAGCCGUCGGAGGCGUUGGCUAUUCACGGUGGGAUCGAAAACUUUCACGAGCCUGCUAUCUUCAAAUAACGAAGAAGGUUAGCAAGAACGAGCUCCAUGUGGAUACCAUCACCGGGACAGUAGAAGGUGAAGAAGAACGGCCAAGGGCCGAACCGAUAGAAGAGGUAGAAGAUUUCGCACUCGAUCCGGCCAAGCCGGAGAGAGUCGUGAAGAUAGGAGCCAAGCUCCCUGAAGAACUGAAGACCAGCAUCACUGAGGCCCUCCGUGCCUACGCCAUCAUCUUUGCAUUGGGGCUAGAGGACAUGCUGGGAAUUCACCGAAGGGUGAUCACUCACCGCCUGGUAGUGGACCCUUCGGUGACACUGAUCAAGCAGAAGAAGAGUUACCUUUCAGUUGAAAGGAGGGACUUUGUAAAGGAGGAGGUCACCAUGCUCCUAGCCAUCAAACAUAUCCGGGAGGUGAAAUACCCCUCGUGGUUGGCCAAUGUCGUCCUCGCACAGAAGCCACUCACCUUCCGGAUGUGUGUAGACUACAUAGACCUCAACAAAGCCUACCCUAUGGACCCUUUUCCUCUUCCUAACAUCGAUCAAUUAUUGGAUGAAAUGGCGGGAUGUGAGAUCAUGUCAUUCCUCGACGCAUUCCGCAGAUAUCACCAGAUUUACAUGCACGAAGAAGACGCAGAAAAGACAACCUUCAUGACACCCGAAUGUAUCUUUUCCUACCUAGUCAUGGCCUUCGGCCUCAAAAACUCUGGCGCUUACACAAGAAUGGUGGCAAGGGUUUUCCAGGCCGUAUUGGGAUGCACCAUGGAGGCAUACGUCGACGACAUGAUCGUCAAAAGCAAGGAGUCAUCAAGCCACGCUGAUGACCUUCGGGAAAUCUUCGCCAUCUUACAGAAGUUCAACCUUCGACUGAACCCGAAGAAGUGCACCUUCGGCGUGCAGGGAGGGAAGUUCUUGGGCUACAUGAUGAGCCGAAGGGGUAUUGAGGCCAACCAUGAGAAAAUCCAGGUUAUCAUCAACAUGUAGCCCCCGUGCAAUGUAAAGGAAGUUCAGAGGCUGAUGGGCCUCUUGGCAUCCCUCAACCGCUUCCUAUCCAAAUCAGCAGAGAAGUCCCUUCCCUUCUUCCAAAUAAUGAGGAAGACCGCCGGCUUCAAAUGGACUGCUGAGUGCUAGGUGGCCUUCGGCGAGUUGAAGCAAUACCUACAGACACCCCCGGUGCUCUCCAAACCCAAGGUAGGGGAGACAUUAUAUCUCUACCUAGGCGUCAGCCCUGCCGCCAUCAUCUCAGUCCUCAUCCGGGAGGAUGACGACAUUCAACACACCAUCUUUCAUGUGAGCAAGACCCGUCAGGAAGCAGAACUCAGGUACUCCCCCGUGGAGAAGACGGUACUAGCUAUCGUCUGGAACGUCAAAAAAUUGGGCCAUUACUUCCAAACCCACCCGGUGCAGGUCCUCACUCAUCAUCCCCUCGGCGCAUUGAUGCGGAGCCCUACCAGUUCUUCCAGAACGGUAAAAUGGGCCAUCUUCCUAAGCCAGUAUAACAUAAACAUCCGUCCGAGGCCCGCCAUAAAUGGCCAAUCCCUUGCCGACUUCGUGAUGGAAUGCACGGCCAGAGCAGCAGUGGUGGAAGAGCCCUCAGCACCAGGGGACGAGUGGUGGACCCUCUACGCAGACGGAUCCUCAACAACCAAAGCAUGCGGAGGGGGUAUGGUCCUCAUCACACCCAAAGGAUUCCGUGCCUACUACGCGAUCCGCUUCUCCUUCAAAGUUUCUAACAAUGAAGCGGAGUAUGAGGCCCUCCUCUGUGGCCUUCGGUUGGCGGCCAACCUCAAGGCAAGGAUGAUCCACGUGAAGUGUGAUUCCAAGCUAGUGGUCGGCCAGAUCUCAAGUGAAUAUGAAGCUAAGGAGGGGAGAAUGAAGCAAUACUAUGAUCCCGCCAAAGAAUUGCUCAAGGUAUUUGAGGCACAAUCCAUCACCCAAAUACCGAGGGCUCAAAAUUCUAAGGCCGACAUCUUAUCCAAGCUCUCGGAUGAGUCCCCCGAACACCUCUCCAAGAUUGCGAGGAUAGAGGAACUCAGACUCUCUAGCAUACAUGCCAGCCCCAUCAUGGAUAUACAUCAGAGGCCGGAAGACUGGAUCUCGGACAUCGCCACCUUCAUCACGACAGGGCAAUUGCCCGAGGACGAGAGCCGUAAGAAAUUAGCUAAGCUGAGGGCCCCAAGCUACGUCCUCGAAAAAGGCAGACUUUACAAGCGGUCCUACAAUGGCACCUUACUCCGAUGCCUCCACGAAGAAGAAUCCCAAUUCGCCAUGGAGGAGGUACACAGUGGCACCUGCUCAUCCCACCAGGGACUCUUCUCGAUGUCUCAAAGGCUAAUCCUCCAGGGAUAUUUCUGGCCCACUAUGGCCUGGGAUUGCGCAGACCUCGCCCGGAAGUGCAACACUUGUCAACACUUUUAGAAGGCUCCAGGAAGGCCCGCAGUAAAGUACACUCCCGUAAGCACAGCAAUACCCUUCUCCAGGUAGGGCAUUGACCUGGUAGGACCACUGUCGAGGGGCACGUCAAACAACAGAUACAUAAUCAUGGCCAUUGACUACUUCACGAAAUGGGUAGAGGCUGAACCCCUCGCCAGUAUCACCGAGGCCCGAUGCCGGUGUUUUGUCCUAAAAAACAUUCUUACCAAGUACCAAAGGCGGAUUAUUGAACGUAACAACAAGUGUUUUUAAUGAACACCCACAACAUUAUGCUAAGAACAAAGCCGUUCCCCUCGAGGAUGCCCCAAUACCAAAGACACCACCUAUCGGUUCUGGAAGCACCAAGUGCCUCUGGCCAUUUGCGCCUAACACGCAAAUAAAACCCUUCCCUGAAACGCUUUCCGAGCCAUUACCCCAAGGGAAUGGCAGGGAACGGACGAUGUCCCGGGCCCAGGAUUUAACUUUCACAAACGAAAUGCUUCUCGUGCUUUCCCCCAAGGGGAAGCAGGGAACAAAUGAUGUCUCAGGAUGAGGGAACGACUUUCAAAACCGAGAUGCUUUCCGCGCCGUUCCCCAAGGGAAGUCAGGUAACAGACGAUGUCUCGGGCCAAGGAAACGCCUCUCACACCCCUCGGAUCCCGGAAGGUCAAACACCGAGGGGGGAGCCAACAGUUCAUACAGUAGCCGGGGGCAUCUACUCUAAUACAGUAACCGAAAUUUGGCUAAGCCCAUGUCUCUGCCGGGGGGCAUCUACUAUAAUACAGUAGCCGAAAAUUGGCCAAAGUCCACAUUUUAAAGCCCUCGACACAUCAGCCAACACCGAAGGCUCCCAUUCUGCAAGAAAAUAAAAAAUUGGCUAAGACCACAUCUUAUUAGCCCUCAGCACAUCAACCAACACUGAAGGGUUCCAUUCUACAAACAAGGUAAAGUUUUGCUAAGUCCGCAUCUCUACAUCCUCUGGCAUCUCAACAAAUACUGGGGGUUUCUGCUUUGCCCUGGGGCAUCAGGUUUCACUGGAGGCUAAUAGUUCGUACAUUGAAUGAAGAUUUCUUCUAAGUCCAUGACUUAAGGGCCCCUGACACUACAACCAACAUCAAGGGCUCCUAUUCUACAAGUGAGUUAGAAACAUGCUAACUCCACAUUCCUACAGGAGGCUACUGGUUGGUAAACUCAGUGAAGACUUUCCUAAGUCCUUGACUAAGGGGGCCGACACAUCAGGUAAUGCCGGAGGCUCAUGCUUUGCGUAUGUGUCUGAGUUUUCCUAAACCCAAAAAUGAUGCCUCCAGAGUCCAGACAAAUUGGAGGAGAAUUCACAAUUCAUUCAUAAAGCACAAUUAAAGAAAUCACACGCAGACAAGAAAACAAAGAAAAUCGAAGGCGGAAAAAGCAUCCAUUCACAAAAAAUAUAUAUUGUUUGUUACAUACUGGCCGAAUCCGGAAGCUGAGAAUAUUAUUACAUAGCAUUGUUCAGAAAAAUUUCUAAGUACAAUCAAUAACAUCGUCCUUCUCGGCGGCCUCAGAGGUAGCACCAUCUUCACCUUCAUCUUCGAAGCCGCAUUCCCUCAUGAGCUCAGAAUAUUCAAUCACAGGCCUUUCUUCGCCCGAGGGGAGGGGGACUCUCACAUCUGGCUGCCGAAGGGGGAGACCGUAUGCCUCCGGAUCAAACUGCUCCGGAGGGGUGUUGAAGUGCCGGGCCAGCUUCCGGUAUGUCAGGCGCUGGGUGAAGAACUCACCCCCUUGGUAAUAUGAUUCGCCAUUCACGGCCAACCACAUUUUGCCGGGGCCUUCAACCCAAACAUCAAUGCUUUUCUCCACCACCGAGGCAAGCCACUCUUUCCUAUCCUCGGCACUCCAGCCCUCGGCUACAAAGGCGUUGACGACAGCCCUCUCAGAUUUUGCUACCUCCUCGAGCUUGGCCCUCUCCGUAGCCUCAACAACGAUCCUGGUGGCCUCCUCGGCUACAGCCUUGCCUUUGGCCUCGACAGCCUCCAGCCUUGGGGCCAUGCUCUCCUCAGCAUAUGUCAGUCUCUUCCAAAGGGAGGCUAUCUUCUCAUCGUAUUUCCUCAAGGCCUCAUCAGUUGCGGCUUUGUAUUUCCUCAGCCGAUCCACCCUCCGAAUCUGCUCACAAAGACCCGUGUAGGUCUGCAACAACAAAGGCGCUAAGGGUCAAACGCACUACGUACAUUACACAAUAACAAAGGCGAACAAAUAUAAAAAAGGAGGAAUGACUUACGGAGGCACUAUUCAGGAGGAUCCUGGAAUUGAGGGCGUCGUCAUCCAUCCGAGCCAGCAUCGCCCUGUCCCCUGAGGGCAUCACCUGGCUCAUAAACACCGAAGGGCAGAGAGUGGCAUCCAGGACAGAGCUGCCCUUCGUCACGAAGGCCUCCAGCUUCUCCCAACCAAAGAAGGCCUCAUUGACGAACUCCUGUGGCAUGGGGCUGGAGUCGACGACGUCGUCCACGACAAUCAUCCCAUCAGGGACAGGCUGCUUGCCGGAAUUGGCCACCUUCUGCUUUUUGGACGAAGGCUCGAGCCCCUUCCCGGCCUUAUUCUUCUUCUUGGCCACAUCGGCCUGGGAGCCCCAGGCCUCAUCUCCAGCCACUGCAGCUUUAGAGGGCUCCUCGUCCCCCUUCCGGAAGAAGGCAUCCCCAUACUUUUGCUUGCACGACUCCUUCUUGCUCUGGGCCUUUGCCUUCUACCUCUUCAACGCCGCAAAAGACUGAACAUCCUCAUUGCUACCUGCAAUAUGAAAACAAAUAUUAGGACGAGGGGUAUACACCAACAACGAAAACAGGUACAGAAAGCUCAAAGCCUUUGGGAACGACCUCAGGUGCUUUCAAGGACCCUAUCAAUAAGGGGUACUUCUCAUCGUCCUCCCCAAAUAGGCGAUAAACGCCGAAAGCCCAAGCUGAACAGGUCAUCCGGGAGGGUAGAAUCCUUGAUCGUUGCCAGCUAAGUGGAUCCCUCCGGGAAAGCAUGUAUCUUUUUCCCAUCUUUCUCAAGAGCGGCGCUCUCCACCUUCGGAUGACGCCUGAAGUGAUCCCGCAACACGUCGGGGAAUGGAUUCACUGCCAUCUUAAUAUAACAAAAGUGGUCCUUUCAGCCCUUAUGAGACGAGGGCACGUCAUAAAAAGCCUUCACUCGGGGAUCUGCUACAAAUUGGCGAAGCCUUCGCUAUUGGCAUGACCUCCCCGGCAGAGGUUGAAACUUUGGAAGAAUAGGUCAAGGUUAGAGGUUACCCCUCGGGACCGGCAGAGGUGCAAGAAGUCGGCAAUAUAUGAGUGGUUGUUCGGGGUUAGCUGACAUGGGGCCAAACAGACGUACCUAACGUACUCGAGGACGAAGGGAUGGAACUGAAACUGAAUGCCCAACGCAACGAAGAGGAUGUGGACUGCAAAAAACCCCUCGGGAGCAUGGGAGAGCACAUCAUUGGGACCCGGCUAUAUCACCGUCGCCGAGGGCCCGACAUAAAGCUGAGUGAGAUGAUACUUAGUUUGGUUAGCCUUCGACUUCAGUGCCAGGGCAGCAGUGUUCAGAAAAGAGUGGCCCUCGGGUAUCCCCAUGGGUUUCCCAGCGUCUGUUGCAGAUUGCUUCUUCUUCUGAGAGGCCUGCACCUUCUUGUUCUUCUAAGGCGCAGCCCAAAAGGGAUCUGGGUUGAGGGGGCGUGAAGCACCUGCCCCACCAGCAGUGGCCGAAGGGAUGGCGAUGGUAACUCGUUGUUGCUCCUUCUCCUCCUCCUCCUCCUCGAAGGUUUGCAUAGUGAGGGCCAUCUCCUCGUCCCCUACCACCUGCUCAAACUCUUCGGCCUCGGCCUCGGUUCUGAGGUUGCUCUGGACCUCCAUGGCCACAACAGAAUCAUCUUGGGAUGGGGCCUCAUCAGUUACUGACUUCUCAUCCGACCAUAUCUUGGACAUGACUGAGGGCUCUCCGGAAAUGUCUUGCGAGUCACUUGCAGACGACAUCCUUCGGUAACGUAUCAGGGGGGUCCAGACAACAAAAGAGUCUAAGGCCAGUAACACUAAAUCUAGGGAAGGCAAAUCAAAGUAUGCGAGAAAUAGCAAGAACAGGUGAUGAACUGACCUUGGGAGACUUGGUUUGAUCGAAUAAGGCUUUCUCUCUCUAAGACAAUUUUGGCAGAGCUUCACUUCAAUUAUGAUCGCAAAAAGCAAAUGGGUUCAGGUCAAGGGUAUUUAUAGCCUCCCCAACCGCGGUUGGGGCCGGAACCUGGACCUCUGGUUAAAAGCCCAUCAUUACGAAUCAUCGCCUUAGCCAACCGGUGACGCCGGCUCGAAGCAAGCCAACUAGCACACGCCACGUGGACGCCUUCCCCAACGGUCAUAUCCCAACAGUCAUAUUCUGGCGGUCAUGCCUUCAUUUGAUGAACAACCUAUCAACGCCUUGGUCCUCAAAUCACGGCAGACCUCUCGGUCUCAACGUGGUCCUUUACAUCAUGAUGAACGACCCCUCAGUACCAUCGCCCUCAGGCCAUGGCAGACCCCUUGGUCUCAAUGUGACUCUUUGCAUCACGACAAAUGGCCUAUCAGCGGUUUCGUCCUCAGAUCACAGCACACCCCCUCGGUCUCAAUGUGAUCCUCUACGUCACAACGAAUGGCCCCUCAGCAUCGUCGUCCCUCAGAUCACGACAGACCCCUCGGUCUCCACGUCGAAUGUCUUGACCCUGCGAGUGGGAUCGCCACUCCCCUCCUGGAUGGUGACCCUCGCCCCUGCAUGACGAGCGGCUCCACCAACGCCUUCGUCCUCAGAUCACGAACGGCCUCUCAGUGCCGUCACCCUCAGAUUACGAGCGGCUUCUCAGCCCUAUCGCGAUCCUUUACCUCAUGCUGAAGGGUUCACCCCUAUUGGUUUAUUUUGGGGGCAUCCGGUGCACUCAUUUUCCCUCAUUAGGAUUUUUUCCCACCAGGUAUUUUCCUAAUGAGGUUUUUAACGAGGCAUCUCCCCAUGGUGAAUCAAAAUGUGUCGGCCCUCGGCCCCCUGCUGAAACAUGCAUUACUCUACUCCUUUUCACCUCAUUACAUGUGCCUCAAAGAGUGGGGGACUGGGGAACCCCUUCGGGAAAUCACAAAAGGUUAAAAGUUUUUUCAGGGCAUCAACAAGAGUCUCUAGUCUAAAAAUGUGGGGGACUGGGGGACUGCCCUCGGAAAAACACGCAAACACAAAUCUUUCACUACUUCACAAACUGCAACAAAGCAGCUACCAGCAACUUCACAAACAUCUACUCCUAUUUUCCUCGAGAAGCUCUCGGCAAAAGGAGUGGGGGACUCCUGAUGGAGUAUAUGGCCCAGGAACUCCCGGUCCACAUACUUCCACUACUACAACCAGGCCCAACAGGCCCAAGCAUCCCAAGACCCAGCAAGCAAGGCUUCGGACAACGAACAAGGCCCAGAAGACAUACGUCUCCUGUGGAUAUACGUCCUCAGUCACUUGGAAGGAAUCAGGGGACGUUCGUCCUCAAGCGCAUGACGGUCCUACCAAGGGGACGUUUUUCCUCAAGCACAUGAUGGUCCUACCAAAGGGACGCUCAUCCUCAAGCACAUGACGUUCCUACCAAGGGGACGUUCGUCUCCAAGCACAUGGGAGCACCAAAGGGACGUUCAUCCUCCAACACACGAAGUCCCAGGGGACGUUCGUCCUCCAAACAUACAAAGUCCCAGGGGACGUUCGUCCUCCAACAUACGAAGUCCCAGGGGACGUUCGUCCUCCAACAUACGAACUCCCAAGGGACGUUCGUCCUCCAACAUACAAAGUCCCAGAGGACGUUCGUCCUCCAACAUACGAAGUCCCAGAGGACGUUCGUCCUCCAACAUACGAAGUCCCAGGGGACGUUCAUCCUCCAACAUACGAAGUCCCAGGGGACGUUCGUCCUCCAACAUACGAAGUCCUAGCGGACGUUCGUCCUCCAACAUACGAAGUCACAUGGGACGUUCAUCCUCCAACAUACGAAGUCCCAAGGGAUGUUCGUCCUCUAACACACGAAGUCCCAGGUGACGUUCGUCCUCCGGCAUCAGGAGAACCCAGAGGACGUGUUGGUCCCGUUUAAGCUAGGAAAAGUCUAUAGGGGUGGGGGGGGGGGGGGGUGAAUAGACUGUUCAAGAUUUUUCAAACUUUUCUCAAAGUCACAAGUGACUUGUCAGAGAUGGUCUGAAUCUAAUGAUAGAGAAGGUCGAGUUCUGAUGGCAGAACUGGACCUGACAGCGGAUAAGAGUUUUGUUCGGGUAGCCUCAGGAAACCACUAAGGCAAAUGCCUUUCUGUUAACUCUCAGGACAAGAUUUGCUGAACACAGAGUCCAAGUCUUUGAGUUAAACAGUCAGAAUCUUAAGAGUAAAUAAUUAAUGCGUAAAGUAAAUGACACCAGGGAAUUUUAUAGUGGUUCAAGGAACAACGUGUUCUUCUAGUCCACUGUUCCACUAAGCUUGUAAGUCAACGAUUACAACACCUUAGUCCCUAGCAGUUAAGAAGCUCUCCACGUCUUCUUUAAGCCUAGUUGUCACCCGGGAUGCUCUUCCUGACUUCCUGAUGACUGGUCUCAUUUUACUGAGUCUCUUGAAGUAUCCCCACUUCACUACUCUAGUUACUUUGAUACGUCCCUUAUUUUGCAAGAAGUGUUUUGAUUGAAAAUCAGUUUUCUUCAACGUAGCUUCGUCACAAAGGAUGUUUAGUUGAGGCUUUAGAAGUGUUGAAGAACUGGAUGAACUUCGCUCUUGUUGGAAGAAAGGAUAUGCAAAUAAUAUCUUUCCAACUUAAGCUUUUCUUGUUUGAGGAAGAUGAAGUUGUUAUCUCAAGAAAGCUUUUUGAAUGUUGUAGAGAGCAGAAAGUUAUUUGGUUGUUCUUCGAAGUGUAUCAUAUAUACUGGGAGCUAACUUCCCGUUGGAGUGUAGAAGACAGCUUCAUUAAAUGUUUGUACUGUUGAUUUGACCAGUUGGGUUCUUCGACUUGCUAUUUUGGGGGCGAAAGGAUAUCCGCAUGGUCAAUCAUCAGCUUUAAAUAUCUCUUCGUACGUACCACAUUAAUUGAGCAUUUAAUGCGUGAACAGUACCAUGUUCCGUCGAAGGUCUUCUAGCCGUUAGUGUAUUUGCCGUUAGUUUCACGGUCGUUGGAAGUUACUUCAGAAUAUUCUAAGUAUUCACACGUCUGAUAGCCAACUCUGAUGACUGUUUGUGCUACCUUCUCUAAUGAGCAAAACUGAUAGCUUCUCUAAUGAGUAGCUCUGGUAGCAACUCUGUUAACCAACUCUGGUACCAACUCUGGUCAAUAGAAUAGAAGAGAGUUUCUGGUCAGUCGACUAUGCUAAUACUUACAAAGAAAAUUCUAAUACAAGAUUUCUAAAAAGGGGUACUUUAAUAUUCUAAUUAACCUAGCAUCAUCAAAAUCUAAAUAUAUUUAUUCCUUACAGGACGUUCAUCCUCCAUCACAGGGAAGCCCUCGGGGACGUACGUCCUCCAUCACAUGAAGGCUCCAGGCGACGUACGUCCUCCAGUACAUUGAAGUUCUCCUGGGUACGUACGGCCUUCGGCACUCUCCUCGACAGGAUCUCCUCUGCACAUGGUCUGAAUCGCCGCAUUAACUGCGGCCACAUGCCAUCAACCACCACAUUAACUGCGGCCACAUGCUAUGUCGGUGCCACCCCGGCUGAAUCGACUUGCCACCGUUGGUUGCUUGACACGUGUACUUGCAUUAUUUACACCGCAUUUAUGGCAGCUAUAAAUAGCUAGCCUCUCCUCCAUUGUAAAGGAUCCGAUCUGAUCCCAACUAUCGUGAGCUCAUUUAAUACGUACUCUCUCUUUCUCUCUUAUUUGUUCCGACCUCUCUCUUGGUAUUUCCUAUAAUACCCCUCGGAUAAGCUACCCCCGGGUACACUAUCCAUCACCAUCCUUUCAAGUUUUUGCUAGAAGUUUAAAUGAGAUUUUUUUGCUAUCUUUUAUCAUCUAUGAUGUUAGAAUUGACUUUUUCGGUUUGACAUUGCCACUUCAUUAAAAAAAUUGGACAAUUGUGCUUACACACAACAUGGGUGUAUGGCCUUUUCUAGAAAAAAGUAUUUAUUUCAAAUCAUCAACAAUCUAUAAUUGUUUAAAAUAUAAUGCUAAUUGUUUUAUAGUUAUUAAUAUUACUUUUACAUGAAUUAUACAAACUAUAUUACAAUUUUGAUUUCAAUAAACACAACUGCAAGCCUGUAAUCUUGACAAUGUGGAAAGAGUUCUCAACGCUUCAAGGAGAAGAGAUCAAACAAGAGUUGAGUGAGGAAAAGUUCCCAAUUUUGUUUCCGCGAAACGUCGUUGUAAGAGGGUAUACAGGUGUGGCUUUAGCAACACGGUUUGACUCACACCUGAAGCUGAAUCCAAAAUCUGAAACAACAACUGAAUUGGCAGAAUGGGCUUUGUCAAAUACCAUUCAAAUUAAGGCAACAGUACUUCGAGAAGAUUACCAUGAUUGUGCGUCUAAAUUAUUUGACUUGAAGCCAGAACCCAUAAUUCCAUUUACUAAUAUGCUGCAUGUUUCUGGCCAGGUGUGCUAUAUUAUGAUACUACAUAUGAUCCAUUUUAUAUUACAUUUUCAAAUUGAUCAUGUCAUGUAUUUGUACUAUCGAGUACAAUUAACACAAAUAAAUGAAUCUAAAACAUCUUUGUCCAAAAGUAACUAAGUAAAAGUAGUAUUACUUGAACUCAUAACCUGACAUUACCAUUAAUAAAAUAGAUCCCGAGAGAUUAAGAGUGUCUAACAUGUAGUUAUUACAAGUCAAAAGUUCCAGUUACUUGGGAACAAGAUGUUCUGGUAUGGUGUUAGAAAAUGUUAUGAAAGUUAACAUAUUUCAUUAUAGUAUAAGUUGCAAGGUAUACAUGGACAAAAGAUAUUUUUGUGACCGCAGAAAAAUCACCUCACCUCUCAGACUUAAACAGUUUUAGUCCCUGGUUUAUAAUAAUGACACAAGUAAGAAUUUAGCUAAAAAUUAACUAAACCAACGUAAUAGUCAAGCUUACAUGCAGAAAAACAUAUUUUAUUAGUUCGACAUUAUAACUUUUUUCUAUGAUAUUAUUUAAUUUGUUCAAUUAAUUAAAUAUACACGAAAACAUUUCAUGCAUCGUUGCAAAUGUGAAAAUCAAAGAAUUUCCGUCCUUUUACUACAUCGUGUGCAAAACAUGUUGCAAAGCGAUUGAAGAAGUUUUGAACGCAAUCUUUCAUUGUCGCAAAUGUGGGAACCAGAGUAGCAUUGCUAAGGCCAGGUAACAACUUAAUAUAAAAUAACAAAACAAUAUAUACUAAUGACAAACUUAAUAUAUCAAUAGGUGCAAAGUUCCUAUAACAAUAAAUGAUGGGGAUAAUGAGAUCCAAACUGUACUCUUUGGAGCAAUGGGAGAGGAAUUGCUUCUCAUGGAUACACAAGAAAUCAUUGAAAAAGAAGCUCAGGAAGAAGAAAUCAAUGUCAAGGGAAAAAAUGAAGUGAUCGAGGGCGUUUAUUUUCUAAUCAAAAUAGGUUAUAGACAAACUACAUUCCAAGGCCAAACAAAAACAGCAUACACUAUCAUUUGCAUGGAAGAAAUUGAAGACACCUCAACCACCGAACAUAGUGUCAUGCCAACUACACCCACAUCCACUCUAUUGAAGCGAAACUUCAGCACCCCCACCAAAAUUUCAGGAAUUCUCCAAGAAGUGAUACACACACCACCAACUCCAGCAAACAAAGAUGAAAAACUUAAAUCCAUCCGCAUUGAAUGAAGAUUCUGCAUGGAAAUAUGACUUUUUAUUAUGUCGAAUAAAAUAAAUCCUUAUUAUUACAUAUAUAAGGAUUUUACUCGUUGAAACACUACAAUAUUUAUUUCAUAUAAUAAACCUUUUAGAUUUUAUAUCAUACACUCAAACCAUUAUACUCAUUCACUCAUGUCUAAAACAU